GAGGGCACGAAGGGACAUGUUGGUGACAAACCGGGAAUGGAGACGACCCUGGAGGACUAACACGGAGGAAUACUCCCACAGGAGCGAGCUCCUCUUCCAGCUCCACGGUUCUUCUUUUCCUGCCUUUGCUGCCACGGAGGUGUGAGAAGCGACCAAAAGUCCAAACAGCUGACCAGCUCCAGAGACACAGGACUUGUCUUCACUAUAACAUGCAAUAGAGGAACCGGCUGCACCACCAUAUCCAUCAUCAGUGUGAAGAGUAGGCUCCCUCUGACAUGGCCUGCUCCCCCAGGCUGGACGCUGACCCGAUACCGCUGCUUCAGCUCCAGGAGGUGGACUCCAGCAAAUCCUCAGAGAGGCCGAGCUCCUGCGGACUCCCGCCCCCCGUGUACAGCCCUCCUCUGGGCAUGGACAGCCAAACCGUCUGCAUCCCCUCCCCGUACACGGACAAUAGCCACGAGUACAACCACGGCCACGGACCGCUGACCUUCUACAGCCCGUCGGUGCUGAGCUACGCCAGGCCGCCCAUUACUGACAGCCCGUCGUCUCUGUGCUCCCCCAUUAGCCCGGCGGCCUUCUGGCCCUCCCACACCCACACCCACCCCAACAUGCCCUCACUGACUCUGCGCUGCCCUCAGCCUCUCGUCUACAAUGAACCCAGCCCGCAUGCACCCUGGCUGGAAGCUAAAACCCACAGCCUGGCCGGCAGCUCCAUCAUCGGCUGUAACAAGCCGCUGGGGAAGAGAUCCGGGGAAGGAGUGGAUGGCGUCAACUCCUCCCUGUGUUCAUCAGCAGCGGGGAAAGCCGACAUGCACUACUGCGCCGUGUGCCACGACUACGCCUCGGGGUACCACUACGGCGUCUGGUCCUGUGAGGGCUGCAAGGCUUUCUUCAAGAGGAGCAUCCAAGGACACAAUGACUACAUCUGCCCCGCCACGAAUCAAUGCACUAUCGACAAGAACCGACGUAAAAGCUGCCAGGCCUGCCGCCUCCGUAAAUGCUACGAAGUGGGCAUGAUGAAGUGCGGUGUAAGGCGUGAACGCUGCAGCUAUCGAGGAGCCCGACACCGCCGUGGUGGACUCCAGCCUCGAGACCCCACAGGCAGGGGUAUGGUCCGGGUGGGGCUGGGUCCUCGGGCCCAGCGGCACCUCCACCUGGAGGCUCCUCUCGCCCCGCUCACCCCGCUCCCUCAGGCGAAUCACGCUCACCACCCGGUCAUGAGCCCAGAGGAGUUCAUCUCCCGCAUCAUGGAGGCGGAGCCUCCGGAGAUCUACCUAAUGGAGGACCUGAAGAAGCCCUUCACCCAGGCCAGCAUGAUGAUGUCCCUCACCAACCUGGCCGACAAAGAACUGGUGCUCAUGAUCAGCUGGGCUAAAAAGAUCCCGGGUUUUGUCGAGCUGAGUCUAGCUGACCAGAUCCACCUGCUGAAGUGCUGCUGGCUGGAGAUCCUGAUGUUGGGUCUGAUCUGGAGGUCGGUGGAUCAUCCUGGAAAACUCAUCUUCUCACCAGACUUCAAACUCAACAGGGAGGAGGGACAGUGUGUGGAGGGCAUCAUGGAGAUUUUCGACAUGCUGCUUGCAGCCACCUCUCGGUUUCGUGAGCUGAAGCUUCAGAGGGAGGAGUACGUCUGUCUGAAGGCCAUGAUCCUCCUCAACUCCAAUCUGUGUACGAGCUCCCCUCAGACGGCCGAGGAGCUGGAGAGCAGGAACAAGCUGCUGCGUCUGCUGGACUCGGUGAUCGACGCUCUGGUCUGGUCCAUUUCCAAACUGGGCCUGUCGACCCAGCAGCAGACGCUUCGCCUUGGACACCUCACCAUGCUGCUCUCCCACAUCCGCCACGUCAGUAACAAAGGCAUGGACCACCUCACCACCAUGAAGAGGAAGAACGUGGUGCUGGUGUACGACCUCCUCCUGGAGAUGCUGGACGCCAACAUGACCAGCGGCGGCAGUCAGCCGUCGUCCUCGCCGAGCUCAGACACUUACUCUGACCAGAACCAGUACGGCCAGCCCCAGUCUAACCAGGACCCGGCCGCUGACGGCUCAUAUGGACCUCCUGAGGACCCGGACCUGGACGGACACCUGCAGAAUCUGCCCCUCCAGUCCUCACCUCCGUUUCAGAGUUUAGACGUGUCUCACUUGGACAACAAUGGUUACAUCCAUUCCGAGCCGUGGUCUCUGCACGCAGGAGACGACUGUCCAUCAAUGGAAGCCACAGAUUACAUCAUCGCCAAUCGGGGCUUCAUGGAAACGGCCUUAGAAGGAUGACAGGACAGAAAGAGACUUAACUGAGACUGAACCUUUUUAAUGGUUUUCCAUCCCGCCAAAGAUCGAGAGAAGAAAAAGAGGAUUAAAAAAAACAAACAGAAAGUUCUGUUGUGAGGUAGUGUUGAGAUGUUUUUAGUCUUUAAAAAAAAAUUAUGUUUUUGAUCGAAUGUAUAUUCUGUGUGCGUAAAUAUUUCUUGUGAAUGUGCACUACAGUCGGUGUUCGUGAGAACAUCACUGAACCUCUGCCAGUCAGUUUGAGCUCUUUUUUGAUAUACAGUAUUUGUAUCUUUUUUUCACCUCGGUGUAACAUCUAGAACAAGCCGUCUACAAUCUGCAGUGACUUACAGAAAAGGUGCAUGUGGUCAACACGGUUCACAUACAUUUCCAUAACGGUUGUUGGUCGUAUAGCUUUAAAAAAAAAAAAAAAAAAAAUCACACUGUUGUCUUUCUUCUUCACUUCUUCUGUGUACUUUGGUAUUUGAAUCGGUGCCUGUUCAUCCAGGUUUUUUUUCUACUCUCUUUGUACAAAACUACAAGUUUCCGUGGAGUCAAGAAGCAGCAGUUUGUGGCCUUUUUUAAAAAGAUGACUGUUAACGCAAGCUUUCUUCUCUGUUCAUCUGGUUAAACUAAGGCUGGAUUUACCAAACACCAUGUGUGGCACAGACCUGUUCCCAAAAACCCCAUCGGCAUCGGCACCAAAACACAAUUUAACUCGAUAUGCUAGUAUCGACAGUUUAAGCUCUUAAAAGUGAUGUAAAUAUAUAAACUUGCUAUCUGUAUGUAUGUUGUAUUCCUAACAUGCUAAACAUUACUUUCUAAUUGUAUAGAAAGGCAAAGUCCCUCCCCUUCCAGUCUGACCUUAUUUUGGAAAGAAAUAUGUACGGUAGUCAAAAGUGAGAUACAAAAACUUUUCUUAAUUGUGCCAAGAAUUACUCAUACGAUGUUUGCCAAUUUAAAGUUCACUUUUGUCUUUUUUGUCUUAAGCUAACAAGCUAACUAUUAGUAUAGCAUGCUAACUGUAUGCAUUUAAAGAUACUAACAUGCUAAACAUUAGUUUGUUAAAACGCUUAUUGUAUGCACGCUGACACAGUGCUAACAUGCUAACGUAUAACAGUCUAGCUGCACUUGCAAAAAUAAAGAAACAUAGUCCUGUCUAAGUUGCUGCACAUGUAUGUAUACAUCAGAUAGAUUCAUAACUUCAUACCCGUGAUACUAAACACUUCAUUCUUGUUAGCUUUAGCUGUACUUUAAGGGUAAAGUUAACAUGCUAAUGCAUGUUGAUAUGCUAGCAUCAGUGUGCAGCUAAAACAAGCUAACCUGCCAAAUUUACAUUUUAUGAGAUCUUUUUUUUUAACUGUUGGAAAAAAAUGUUUAAAUGGAAAACAUUCCAGAUUAACUUAAUGCACAUACAUUUUGUAUUUUUAGAAAAGAUUGUAAAUUUUGCAACAAUUUUUUAGGAUUUGUAUACAAUCUACUUUAUACCUGAACCUUUAGAAAAGAAACACACUGUCCAAAUCAAAUUUCAUUAAAGACAGAGUUCCCUUUGCUUACUAUAUUUAAGCAUAGUAGACCAGAUAAAGCUCAUUAUUGGCAAUUAUGCAUUAGGUCUUGCGACUUAUUCAUACUAUACCUUCAGGUAAUGAAAACUGCAAAUUGUUAUUUUUACAGAUAUAUUCAAUUCCAAGUAAGUAGGGAUAAAUACAGUACAAUACUUCUAGUACACAUUCCCUUUUUGUACCACAGAUGGUUUACUAAUAUAAGCAAAUUCUGCUUGUGUUCACUUUGACGAAGAGCCUCCGCCUCAACAAAGAGAAAUAAAUGUCUAAAUGCACUUUAAUAUUUAGUUUGUGUAAUAGUUCAGUUUUGCUCAGUAGCCUUAUGUAACCAAGUAACUGAACAUGGGGGAAUCAUCAGUGUUCCUCGCUGUAAUUUAUGCGCUGUCCUGAAUGGAUGACACACGAGGAAAAAUGUGAACAUGAGCAUCGGUCCAGAACUGGUGUGUUUUAGUUGUUCUUGGCUAACAGACACAAGAAACCGUUGUUACCUUGAGUAUUUGAACUUCACGUCUCCAUCCACGUUUACAGCCUCGUGUUUCAUUCUUCUUUACGGUGGUGUUUUUGAUUAUGAUCUCAUUAACCACACAAGUUAUUUAGUGCCAUCCGAGUCCAAACAGCUUCGUUUUUUUUGAUCCGGACAAAUAAAUUAAAAACAGUCAAUCUUUCAGAAUAUCGGAUUUAUUACCAAAACGCAUCAUUUAUGUCAUUUUUGGACGCCCAGUUGAGCUGUGCCACUUUGCUGCCAAUGUAAAUUCAGCCUCAGUUCCAGAUUACCCGACCACUGCUCAUAGACAGAUACAUGUUCUCUGUUUCUUUCUUUCCUGAUGUCUGUAGCUUGCACAUGCAUGCACACACACACACACACACACACACAAACACACAUAUUCAGAUGAUGUCUUUUGUAAGUUUUUGUCUGUCAAACCUGUCGGCUCUUAGCCGGAGAUACAGUAAACGUACAACCACAAAUCAUGACAAACAUUUGUCAAUCCAAGGUGACAAUCUAUACAAACCAUGAAGAAGAGUUCACAAAAUAAAUCCAACUU